AUGUCUCUUGCGACUCUCGAUACAUCACAACAUCCUAACCUGCGCACCUCAUCCGUGACCUUGUUCGAGGCAAAAGCGAAGAAACAGGUAACUUUCGAGGCGAUUGCGAAAGAGAUUGGUCGAGAUGAGGUUGCGGUUGCUGCCUUAUUCUAUGGACAAGCAAAAGCCUCUCCUGAAGAUAUCAAAAAGUUGUCAGACUACUUGGAUAUUGAUCAUGCUACUCUCGAGUCGCAGAUGAGCGGUUUCCCAGAUCGAGGAAAAAGUGUGGAAAUGCCUCCAAAAGAACCUUUGAUCUACCGGUUGUAUGAGAUUGUGCAAAACUACGGAUACGCCUACAAGGCUGUUUUGAAUGAAAAGUUUGGCGAUGGUAUCAUGAGUGCAAUUUCAUUCUCCACACAUGUUGAGAAAGAGAUUGACAAAGAUGGAAACGCUUGGGUCAAUAUUCAUCUUCGGGGUAAAUGGUUGCCUUUUAGCCGAUUCUAG